CCGGCGGAACCGGAACGUUUCCGUGAUCACGUGAACGCAACCUUUUCCGGAAACGUCAUAUUGGCGGGAAGUAAGAUCACGGCGAUAGGUAAAGCCUAAAUACUUUAAUGUCAAGCUGAUCCAUCGCUGUAUGUAGCGGUUACUGAGAUGUCUACGUCUUCUGUGUCAAAGGGCUGUUUUGUUUUUAAGCCAAGUGCUAAGAAGAAAAAGAGGCUUGGUUUGGAUGAUUAUUUCACUGAUGGUUGCGAAGGGGCUGAAAACGGUCAAUUACGAUUCAGACUGUGUCAGGAUUUAUGGGACAAAAUCAAAACAGACACGGAGGUUUUACAGGAUGAACUCAACAGGAGAAUCUUGGACAGCUUGUUGGACUUCACUAAGAAGUGCUCAUCCUUUCGUCACCACGGCGACUGGGCAUCACAGAUGAGGGCCAGUGAGAUUCCCACUGCGGCCCUUGUGCUCGGUGUGAACGUCCCAGAUCAUGACAUGACCUUCCAGAGUCUCUCUGAGCUGCUCCAGCAGGCGGUCACUCCUCAUGUGGCCUCUGUACAGGCCAAAGAGUGUGGAGCAUUGAAGCAUUUAAUGAAGAGAGUUCUGGAGAGGUUGAUGGAUACUGUUAUGGCUGUGGGUGAUGAUGAUGAUGAAGAGGAGGAAUGCGAGCAGACCAAUGGUCAGCUCCACACAAAUGUUCACUGCUCUCUCAGCGCACUCUGCGAUUGGUACAGCGCAAAAACAAAGAAAUCAAGCUCUGGUACACCUGGGAAAAAGCGCAGUUCUCUAACUUUGGAUGAACAGCAGCAGCCUCCUGUUGUCAUUAUUUUCAAAGACUUGGAAGCUUUUAAUCCAAGAGUUCUCCAAGACUUCAUACUCAUCUGCAGUCGCUACGUCGGCCGUCUUCCUCUGGUGUUCAUCUUUGGCAUUGCUACGUCACCCAGCACGAUCCAGCGCAUGCUGCCUCACUCUGUGUCCUCCCUGCUCUGCAUUGAGCUCUUCCAGUCCCUGUCUUGCACACAGCACUUGGCCACAGUCAUAGACAAGCUGAUCCUGUCAGAUCACUUCCCUUUCAAGCUGAACAGUAAAGUGCUGCAGGUGCUGAUCAGCAUCUUCCUCUACCAUGAUUUCUCAGUGAGGAACUUCAUCAAAGGCGUGCAGUUGUCUCUGCUGGAGCACUUUCACUCCCAGCCUCUCAGUGUACUGUGCUGUAAGAAAAAAGAGGCUCUGCUUAACGUGAUGCAGCUCAGUCACCACAACCUGGAGAGGGUCAAACAGCUGCCGUCGUUCAAGAGGUAUGUACAGAAACAGGAACCUCAGGAGCAGGACCGUCUGUUAAACGAUGACACACAUUUAAAGGAGGUGUGUAAGAAGCUGAUGAAGGAUCUGCAUAAAUACCACAAGAACUAUUACCCUGUUCUGUGGUGCCUCCACACACUGACCUCAUCAUUACCUCGAUACCCCCUUGGAAAACAAAUUAGGGAACUGCAUUUAAUAUGCCUUGAGAAGAGUGUAUGGGAGAAUGAGGAAUACCAGUCAGCAUUCAAGCUCCUAAAGAUGCUUGCGAAAGAUGAGCUGAUCACUUUGCUCCAGAGGUGUGCAGAGGUUCUACAGCGUGUCAAGUCCAAAAAGAUGAAGAAUGCUGUUGUCCAGCUGGAGGAGCUGCUCUCCAAAUUUAAGCAGCUGGACACAGCAGCUGCUGAAACUGCCCUCGUUGUGGAAGAGAGCAUCACUUCUCCCGUGAAAAAUCUACAAAAGAAAACCGAUCUCUUCCAGCUGCAGAAGACGCUGCUGGAGAUGAACGAAUCUCGGAGAGCCAAGAAACUGAGUCCGUUUGAGGUUCUACGUAAUGAAGCCCUUGAAUUUAUCGAUGACUUAGUCAAGAGUCACCUGUCUCCCCCAGAGGCUCAGACACUGAGCGAGGUCUGUUACUACAGUUCGUCUGCCACAGUGCGACGUCACCUCAACGCUACACCCCGCACCUGCAUCCAGGCUGCUCUCAGCAGCCCCUUCUAUUACCUUCAGAAUGAAAGUCUGAAAACAGAAGAUGGGUCGGUCUCUAAUGCUGCUCCUGAUAUCUGUAUCACUUACAAGCUCCAUCUGGAGUGUGGAAGGCUUAUCAACCUGUAUGACUGGUUGGAGGCAUACACUACUGUUGUUUCUGCAGCCGAGGGCAACGAUUCAGAUUCAGACCACAUUGGGAAAGUAGAUGAUGUCAAACAUGCACGUUUCAUCCGAGCCGUGUCUGAGCUUGAGUUUCUGGGUUUCAUCAAGUCCACCAAGCAAAAGACGGACCACGUGGCUCGACUCACAUGGGGAGGCUGCUGACCAGCUGAUGUCUGUGGAGCCAGUCUGUUUUCACAGUAGCAUUUCUGAUGUGGGACCUAGAUUUACAUUCUGUAGUUUUGGUUUUCCUCUAAUAAAAAAAAUUUCUCGUAAUGACAGAA